AUGGCCCUGCCUCAAGCCACACUUGUGUCUGGAUCGGAACUGGCGGAGGGCACGGGGAGGAUGGGGUACAACAGCGACCCGCCAGGGCUGCCCGGUUCCUUCAGUCCCCGCACCUGUAAACACAAGCGCUCCCGCGGCGGGCCUAGAGUCCGAAGAAACAGUACCGAGAGCCUUGAGCUGAGUGCCCUGGAGCGCCCGUUUCGAGGACCGCUCGCGGCGGGCCUUCGGGGAGGGUCUCGGUGGGGCGCUCCGCCGGCCCGGGACCCGCACACCCGCCGGACGGGACCGCGCGCAGGCGAGGACCCGCCGCCCGGCCCGGGGUGGGGGCAGUCCCAGGGCGCCGACUGGCCGGCUCGGGUCCGAGGUGAGCCUCCGAAGAGUACGCGCCCACCGGAGACGCGGCCCCGCGAGGCCCAGACCGAACCCCGCCCCAGGACCUGGGGUCCUCGCGGGAGGCUGACGACACAGACGGUGUCCUCCAGGAGCCAGCGGCAGGGCGGCGAGGCGGGUGCGAUCCCAGCGGGCGCGGACCAGCGGGCCCGGAGCGCGGCGGGACGGAGCCGCGGCGCGCCGUCGGCUCCGGGCACAGCGGCCCCAGCCGGGGGCGACCGCUGCCGCGGCUACUACGACGUGAUGGGCCAGUGGGACCCGCCCUUCAACUGCAGCUCGGGCGCCUACAACUUCUGCUGCGGCACGUGCGGCUACCGCUUCUGCUGCCACGACGGGCCGCGGCGCCUGGACCAGAGCCGCUGCUCCAACUACGACACGCCUGCCUGGGUGCAGACUGGCCGGCCGCCCGCGCGCGCCCGCGACGCCGCCGCGCCCCGGGACCCGAGCCGCGAACGCAGCCACACGGCCGUCUACGCGGUGUGCGGCGUCGCCGCGCUGCUGGUGCUAGCGGGCAUCGGGGCGCGCCUGGGCCUGGAGAGGGCGCACAGCCCCCGCGCGCGGCGCACCGUGACCAGGACACUGACAGAACUCCUGAAGCAGCCCGGCCCCCAGGAGCCACUGCCUCCACCUCUGGGCCCACCUCUGGGUAGCUGUGUCCAGGUGCAGAUGGGUGAUGGCCUUCCCCGGGGCUCCCCCCACAACAGCACAGAUAAGAAACGCCCCAACAACGUGCCCCUGGGUUCGGUGACUGCGGGGCCCCCACGCGCACCCCGGCUGCAGGGCGGCGGCAACUUGACGCUGCAGCCCGACUUCGCCAAGUACGCCACCCUCAAGGCAGCCGCGCUCAAGGCCGCAGAGGCCUCCGCGCCAGACUUCUACCAGCGUUUUCCCGCCACGGAACCCGCCCCGCUGACCCUCCCGGUGCGAGCCCGGAGGCCUCCCGAGGACUUGCCUGAGCUGCUCGACGCCUGCCCCUGGGCCCCCCCGGGCUACGCGCCCCCUGCCGGCUCCACCCCAUCGGGCCACUACAAGGCCUGGACCGCCGGCCGCCCCGUCCGGGCAGCUACCCGCGGCCACCUGGCGGUUCAUGCUUCCCCCGCGCCGCGACGGCCGGGCCACGCGCCCCGGAGCCAGUUCAGCGUGGAGAAGCUGCCCGAGGCCUUCAGCCCGCAGGCCCCUGGCCUUUACGGCAGCGCGGUCCGCGGACCCCGGCACCUGAGCACCAACAGCAAAGCUGAGGUCACCGUGUGAAGAAGGGGCUGCCGAUUCUCUCGGAGGCGUUGCAGCGCCGGGAGCCCUCUUCUGCCUGGGAGACUUGCCACGGGCCUGAUCGGGUGGGCCCAGUCCGUAGAAGGAAGGGUGCCAGCCUUGAAGUCCAGCCCUUCUGCCUGCCCAGACUGAACCAGGAGAAGCCUUGGAGUCUUGCAGGGCUGAGGUCCACUGGGUAAGGCCAGUGGUUCUGUCCUGGGGGCUCCUUGUGUAAGUAAACCCUUUUCUGUGACUCCCAUCCCUGAGAAUAAAGGGGCCCCAGCUUGGCUCUGAGAGGCA